AUGGACUCCAAGACAGACCCCGAGUCAGCCCAACAGGCUACUAUCGAAACCGUCGAGGACCCUUCCAAGUACAAUGGCUUCAACGGAGAACGCCAUGCCGGCAAGGACCGCGCUGCUGAGCUCCUCGGAAACAGCAGCGAGCGUGUUGUCGUCUCGGAAGUAGACAACAAACGGAUUCUCCGCAGGAUCGAUCUCGCUAUUCUCCCAGUUAUGCUGGGGGUCUACUUCCUUCAGCAACUCGACAAGUCCACUCUAUCAUACGCAAGUGUGUUUGGUCUCAUCGCAGAUGCCCACCUCGGAGGCCAAGACUACUCCUGGCUAGGAUCCAUCGUCUACAUUGCCCAACUUGUCAUGCAACCAGUUAUUGCCUACUUCUUGGUGAAGCUCCCAACAGGCAAAUUUGCUGCCUGUAUGGUACUCUGCUGGGGCAUAGUGUUGAGUUGCAUGGCUGUGGCGAAGAACUUCAAAGGGUUGCUUGCUACGCGAUUCUUCCUCGGCUGCUUCGAAGCUUCCGUUGCCCCAACCUUCAUUGCCAUUACGCAAAUGUGGUGGAGACGUAGUGAACAGACGUACCGAAACGCUUCGUGGUAUGCCAUGAACGGUGUGACCAAUAUGGUUGGAAGUCUUCUCGCAUACGGCUUAGGUCAUAUCCACUCGGAAAAGCUACAUUCUUACCAGAUCAUUUUCCUUGCCUGCGGGCUCCUCACCGUCGUCUUCUCGGUUCUUGUCUUCCUCUUCCUGCCAGACUCCCCUGUCGAUGCCAAAUUCCUUAAUGACCAUGACAAGGUCCUCGCCGUAGAGCGUCUCAGAGAUAAUCAAAUGGGUGUUGUGUCAACCGAAUGGAAGUGGGAACAUGUGACCGAGAGUCUACUUGACAUCAAGACCUGGUGUUGGUUCGCACUUAUCUUCUCCAUCUCAAUCCCCAGCGGAGGUAUCACAACCUUCGGACCCUUGAUCGUCAACUCGUUUGGCUUCAACCCCUUCAACACGAUCCUUCUCAACAUCCCCUUCGGAGCAGUUCAAAUUGUUGCUACCAUGGGAGGCGCUGCUUUCGCCACUUGGACGAAGCGUAAGGGACCAGCCCUUGCCCUGCUCUGUAUCCCCCCUAUCAUCGGCAUCGUCAUGUUGUUGUGCAUCAAGCACACGACUAGAAACCGCGGUCCCCUCCUCGUCGGAUACUACCUGAUCUCUUUCUACCCCGGCAUCUCCCCCCUCAUCUACUCCUGGUCCUCCCAAAACACCGCAGGCGAAACAAAAAAGAAGACUACAACGGCCAUCCUCUUCAUUGGCCAGUCCGCGGGCAACAUAAUCGGCCCGCACCUCUACACCACAGCCGAGAAGCCGCUCUACCGCCGCGGCCUGAUCUCCAACCUCGUUCUCUUUGUCGUUCUCAUCAUCAUCGUCACCUUCACCACCCUCUACCUCAUGUUCCUCAACAAGUGCCACGCAUCACGCAGGGUAGCGCUCGGAAAGAGCGAGGUUAUCGCUGACAGGAGUAUGAUGAAUAGUCAAGAGAGGGCGAUCAGUGAUCAGGUUGAUGAGGCGAACGGGGAGGGGGCCUGGGCGAGUGGGGGCGAGAAGGCCUUUGAUGAUAUUGCGGAUUUAAAAAACGAAGACUUUAUUUUUGUCUACUAGGACAUGUUGAUAAAUAAAUGUAUGUAUGUAUCUCUCUGUUUUGGGAUAUGCUGUGAAUUAAAAAGCGGGCAAGCGCG